AAAUCUGGAAGCAAUUUAUACGGCAUAACGAAGAAUUUGCUCUUAACUUGACGGACUAAAUCCGCUGCAAGCUCCGUAGGAAUUUCACUCAUGACUCCAAGCAUUUUGAAGCGUGCGGCAAGGCUGAGGUCCUGAGGGGGAGAUGACUAAGGAGGAUGUUUCAGAGCCAGUUGAGGGGGACUCUGUUCACGGCUGCCACAGUAGGCUUCCUUCCCAUCAGCACAGCCGUGGCCUGGAGCGCCCUGUCAUCCACCAGGUGGCCUCUGCACCCAUGCCCAGUGACUGUGAGUUCUCCUUCUUUGACCCCAGCGAGCCCCAAUGCAAAGAGGUUCUCCUGGAUCCCAGCACCACGGUGCCGGAGCUGUUCGCCGUGCUAAGGCAAUGGGUGCCCCAGGUCCAGAAGAACAUUGACCUCAUUGGCAACGAGAUCCUAAAAAGAGGCUGCGGUGUGAAUGAUCGAGAUGGCCUGACGGAUAUGAGCCUCCUGCACUACUGCUGCAAGGCCGGGGCCCCAGGCAUCGGCGACGCUGAGACAGCAGCCAGCUUCGCCCGCCAGCUCCUGGCCCUGGGUGCUGAACCCAACCUGCGCUCACGCUGGACCAACAUGAGGGCCCUGCAUUAUGCCUCCUACUUUGACGUGCCCCAGCUGAUCAGGGUGGUGCUGCAGGCAUCGCAGCCUGGAGAUGUCGAUGCCACCUGCAGUGACUUUGACUUUGGCACAGCCCUGCACAUUGCUGCGUCCAACCUAUGCACUUCAGCUGUCAAAUGUCUUCUGGAACUGGGAGCCAACCCCGCUUUUAGAAAUGAAAAAGGGCAGUGCCCAGCAGACGUAGUGCCUGAUCCCCUAGACAUGCCCUUGGAGAUGGCAGAUGCAGCCACUGUGGCCAAAGAGCUUCGGACUCUCCUGAGAGAGGCUCUGCCUAGGCCCAGCUCUCCCCUGCCCCUCAACCUGCCAGCUCAGUCCCCUCCUGUUCUCUCAGAUAAGGCCCGGGCACAGCUCGCCACCAUGGGAAUCCGACUGGGUGACCGUGUAGUGAUUGCUGGUCAGAAGGUAGGCACCCUGCGCUUCUGCGGCAGCACUGAGUUUUCUGGAGGCCUCUGGGCAGGUGUGGAGCUGGACCAACCAGAGGGAAAAAAUGAUGGCUCAGUAGCAGGAGUUCAGUAUUUCACUUGUCGAAUCAAACAUGGAAUUUUUGCUCCGCUCUCUAAGAUAAGCAAACCCUCAGAGAAGCGUAAAACCAGCACCAUAAAGUCCUCCACACCUGUACGCCCACCUCGUCGUAUUGACCUGUCCCGAAUCACCUCCAAGAUUAAUACAGGUUUGUCUCCAUCUGUCAAAAACACAACACCUGAUAAACAAAAAAGCCCACCUGGUCCCAAUCAGGGCACUGAAGGAGACGCCUCAGGGACAAAAACAGGUGUUCUCUCUCACUCUCUCUCCUCUUCGUCUUCCUCACUGGAUUCCCGGCAUGGGCCAGCUGCUCGAACUCGUCCACUGCCAAGGCAGCGCCCUCUUGCCAGGCAGCGACGGGAACGUGUUUCCCCAAGUGCCAGAACUACACCCUCACCGGCCCUCCGCUCAUCUCCUGGCACCCCCAUGCUUACUACUGCAGGUCCCCGAAGCCGAACUCCUUCAGCUGGAAGCUCUGUGUGUGAAGGGCCUGAGGUGCGCCUUGGGGAGAGGGUGCUGGUGGUGGGCCAGAGAACUGGUGUGGUCCAAUUCUAUGGCAAAACAAGCUUUGCUCCAGGGUUCUGGCUGGGCAUCGAGCUGGACAAGCCCAGUGGUAAGAAUGAUGGAUCUGUGGGAGGAGUGAGAUACUUCAGCUGCCCACCUAAACAUGGCGUCUUUGCCCCUCCAUCACGUGUUCAGAGGAUUCAUGGAUCUGUUGACUGCCUCUCAGAGCUCUCGUCAUCACGCCUCAAUCGCCCUUUUAGUGGGACGAUCCGUCGCAGUUUCAGCACAUCAUCGGCCAUCGCCACCCCGAAGGAGACGAGCAGAAAAAGCCCUGUUAACAGGAGCCGUUCCACACCUCACCGUCGGCGUUGGAGUGGUGGUAGUGGCUCGUUUCCUGGCAGCACAGGACGGUCCAGCCCCUCGCCCAGUUCAGACGGGCAGGUUCGCCUCCACCUGGGCAUGCAGGUCCUGCUGAGCAGCGCCAAUGAGAUGGCAUUCAUUCGCUACCUCGGCACAGCAGACUUUGCCCCGGGCAUUUGGCUUGGACUGGAGCUGCGCAGCCCCAGGGGCAAGAACGAUGGCUCGGUGGGGGGCCGUCGCUACUUCAGCUGCCGCCAGGGUUACGGUGUGCUGGUCCGGCCCAGCCGUGUCACAUACCGCGGCAUCAACGGAGCACGUCUGGUGAACGAAAACAGCUGAGAACUCUAGGAACUGGCAUGGGGUCAGUGGGGUGGCAAUCAUGGCAAACAAAGUUUUUUGCUUUUGUUUGCAAGUUGCAAGUUUUAAGUAGCGUAUCAUUCUAUUUUUUUUUUCUAAUUUGUUAAUUUUCUCAUUGAUAUAGAUUCCUUUGUCUUCUGAACUCCUCCAGAAGAGGUGUGAGUUGCAGUAAUGCACACAUGUUAUUAAUUGAAUUUAAACUGGUAGAUUUGCUUUUGAAAAAGGGUAGGAGGCAAGGGAAGCACUUUAUUAAAUUUACCUUGAAGGUCAUUGACUAAAGCUUGGUUAGGGGGGUGGGGGGGAAAUGUCUUUGAAAGACAAAACACUGCACUAAUAUUGGACUUAUUGCACUGGCAGGAUAUGACAAGCAUCGAGAUGAAAGACCAGCUGAUAUGGAUGUGCACACAUUACAAAAUAUUUCCAUACCCAAAGCUAAUUUUUAUCAUAUCAUGUAGAGAUUUUUAUUAGCCCUGUGGAGUAGCACUGUAGCCUAUUCUCUCACUGAAAGUAUAUAUAUAUACAAAAAGCAUACCCGGUAUCAGGGUACAUUAUUAUACUGUAAUAAGAUGAGCACUUUUGAACGAGGAAAGACGGAUCUUCCAGGGUACAGGGUUGUCGAAUAGUUUACGAACAGCUGAUGACAGUUGAGUCAAAGCUUAAUGCUCUUUACAUAAAUACAUUUAAAUGAUAGAAGCAUUAAGUAAUCCAUGACCUUAAUCAGAUGACAGCAACGUCAAUAAACCUUGCUCUCUGGCACAGCCGCCUCAUCCCACCCCAAUCCCAAUGCAGGUAUAUUCUGGUCAUUUUGCACUAUGAGGCAGGAAAAAUCUUACUUUCACCCCUUUGAUUAUGAUCUUGCUCCUAGUGGCUCACUGAUCUGAGCGGUUUCAUGUUGGUGCAAUGUCUGUUUCUAUCUUUACCAAAAUGUAAAGAUUCCCUUGAUAAAGUACGUUGACCUAUAGUACCACGCUAAACACAGCUUGUUCAUUUGCUGAAGAUCAAACUCUGGAGAAUUGGACAUGGCAUAAAUGUAAUGGAAGCUUGAUAAAAGCAGUUUUCACACAGGAAAUGUCAUCAUCGAGAAGUUUCAAGGGUAGAGUUUACUAUUUGAUUAGAGCAGCCUGGGCAAGUCAGCAGAGAACAAGCCAUCGAUUGUGCAUGUGGAAAACAGGCCUCCUACUCAGUAAAACAUUCAUGUACUGUCCAAUUAGGGGGUGUAGACCACAACAGUAGGCCUGGAAUCUCCAAUGCCCUCCUCCCAUCGAUCUGUCUGGUCAAGCCCUCUGUGAUUGAAAAGCACCGGUGGUCAGAACCCAAGGUUGUCUGAAAUAUCCGCCCCGGUUUCAACCAAUGAAACGAGAGCAUUUUUAAAUGGUAAGAUCAGUUUCUCUCCUACUGAAACAUUUCUGUCAACAGUUUCUAAGUGGUUCAUCUUGACAAUAGCAUGUCAUUUGCAUUAAAGCCAUCACAGUUAUAAUUUAUGUCAUUUCUUUGACAGUGUUCCAGCUAUCAGGUUCCAUCUAGAGAUAUACUUCCAUGUUUUGGUAUAUCUGGACUCCCAGAUCCUGUUAACAGUAUGAGUGGAUCUCAAAUUGCACUGAUGGGUAUGCAAGUCAUUUGGUGCUGUGUUUGUGUGGCUAAUAGAUGAUGUUAAUUCCUGAAGUGAUUACUGGUGUGUAUAUGUGGAUUUAUGUGUGCGGGUUUUGGUGUGAUGCAUUUACACAUCUUGUAAACAAAAAGGUAUUUGUAAAAUAAAAAAAUAAAGAUUCUAUUCUAAUUUCAGCA